AUGCCUUUGGAAGAUGUGCCGCGGUAUCGGCCAAGACGUCUUCGAGAGCAGGACCAGGCUGGCUCUAGCAACGCUCGCACGCCUGCCGGUGCAGUCGUAUCCAGCUCAAGACUAUCUAGUGUGCAGAUGAAAGAAGAAGAAGAUCUGAAGCGUGUUCCGCGUUCUGAUCCGUACCAGCCACAUGAACACCUGGAGACAAAGAAGACGCCUGGUGUCACCACGCCACCAGGUGGAGCAGCGAGGAAUCGCACUUCUUCACAGACGCCUGGCGAUCCCGGCGCACGCCGGUCUUGGUCCGCAAAAGACAACCGUAAGGAUCGAGCUGAUGUCAAGACGGCGACCACUGAGCCUGUCAGGCGCGAAGAAUUGGGCGUUGCACCAGCAGCACAGCGAAGACCGCAAGCAGAACAGGCAAACAAACAACCACGGCACUCGACGAACGCUGACGAUCUGGAAAAGCAAUUCUCAUCGUUGUCUAUGCAAGAAAAAGAUAUACAUACUUCUGAGCGUUAG